AUGAUUAACACGAAAAGCAGCCGAUCUCACACAUCGGAAACAACAUCAACAUCAACGGUCACGGAAACAACAAGAUCCGGAUCAGAUCAUUCCAGUACUAACAAGUUAAAGGAUUUCGAAGAAACUUUUUCCAGCACAACGUCAAACACUUCAACGUCAUCAUCUCAAGAUGGCAGAGGUGGAGAACUUGCUAACACUUGGUACGACGGUUUGAAUUCUCCAUUGAUCCAAGAUCAGGGUGAUAACAAAAUGUUGAAAUUAAGAUUUGACGUGAGUCAGUAUCAGCCGGAGGAAAUUGUCGUCAAAACUGUCGACAACAAACUCUUGGCGGCGGUGGUAGAAAGAACGGUUUCCGUUAAAGAUUUUCCGAAACCGGAAAUUCCACCUUCUGGUUUCACCUCGGUGUCGUCCUCUUCGGGCCUGGGUUGUGACGUCAUGGAAUUUGAAAAAUUUUUGUUAAAAAAAGAGGACAAGACAGGCGGGGGAGGGGGAAAGAAAUGA